AUGCCACGCCAACCACGCCGCGAAGACUACACCGUAGGGUGGGUGUGCGCGCUACCCAUCGAGCUGGCGGCAGCACGGAUGAUGCUAGAUGAAGAGCACCUUGAUCUCGAGCAUAACACGGCCGAUAACGACGAGAACCUAUACACAUUAGGCUCAGUUAGCGGCCACAACGUCGCUAUUAUAUGCCUACCUACCAGCCAGAUCGGCAAUAAUCCAGCAGCCGCAGUGGCGACGCAGAUGCAAGCGAUAUUCACGAAUAUCCGGUUUGGGCUGAUGGUAGGUAUUGGCGGCGGCGUCCCAAGCGCUGGGCCAGACGUCCGGCUGGGGGACGUGGUAGUAGCCAGCCAGUUUCACGACACGUUCUUUGGGGUGAUACAGUACGAUAUAGGCAAAACGACACCAGGCGACGUCAAGCGCAAAGGAUCACUAAACCCACCGCCGCGUAUUCUGCUUAGUGCGGUAGCUCAAGUGCGGGCGAGGGAUCUGCGCGGCAGGAGCCAGCUUUCACAGCAUAUCUCUAGGCUAGAGAGCAUCGCCGAGUUCCAACGCGCUAACGCAGGGCCCGAUGUUCUAUUCAAGGCAGCCUACAACCACGAGCGCGGUGACACGUGCGACCAGUGUAGCUUCGAGGGUCAACAGCCCCGACUAUUACGCGAGAGCGAAGAAGAGGUGACGGUACAUUACGGCACGAUCGCGUCUGGUAAUCAGGUGAUAAAGGAUGCUACCCAGAGAGAUAGGGUCAGCGCAGAGCUUGGUGGGGUACUGUGCUUUGAGAUGGAGGCGGCGGGGCUAAUACAUAGCUUCCCAUGCCUUGUUAUCCGCGGUAUCUCUAACUACGCCGACUCACAUAAGAACUACAAAUGGCAGGCUUACGCGGCGGGGACAGCAGCAGCGUACGCGAAGGAGCUGUUGGCGGUGAUAUCGCCAGCAGAGGUGAUGGACACAUGCCGGGCGGAGGAUGCCAUGCGCAGCAAGGAUGAACAUUACCGUCAGUCAUCACCUUUUGACCAUGCUUCUCGGAAGCGCAUAAAGACCGUCAUCUCUGAGGGCUCAGAGAGUGGUUCUGUAGAUGGACUGGCACACGAACUCUCACGAACACUGCUGAACGAUGAACAAAGGCAGAGUCUACUGGACUCUCUAAGGUUUGACCAGAUUGAUGCGCGCUAG